AUGGACAUCUCCACCGGCCACCUGGUUCUGGCCUACAUGGAGGACCACCUGAGGAACAAGAACCGGCUGGAGCAGGAGUGGGAGGCGCUGUGCGCGUACCAGGCGGAGCCCAGCAGCACGCUCGUGGCCCAGCGGGAGGAGAACGCGCCCAAGAACCGCUGCCCGGCGGUGCUGGCCUACGACCAUUCCCGGGUCCUGCUGAAGCCGGAAAACAGCCACAGCAACUCGGACUACAUCAACGCCAGCCCCAUCAUGGACCACGACCCCAGGAGCCCCGCGUACAUUGCCGCCCAAGGACCGCUGCCCGCCACCGUGGCCGACUUCUGGCAGAUGGUGUGGGAGAGCGGCUGCGUGGUCCUCGUCAUGCUGGCCCCGCUGGCCGAGAACGGCGUCCGGCAGUGCUACCACUACUGGCCCGACGCGGGCUCCAACCUCUACCACGUCUACGAGGUGAACCUGGUCUCUGAGCACGUCUGGUGCGAGGACUUCCUGGUGCGGAGCUUCUACCUGAAGAACCUGCAGACCAGCGAGACGCGCACGGUGACGCAGUUCCACUUCCUGAGCUGGUAUGACCAGGGCGUGCCGUCCUCCACGCGGUCCCUCCUGGACUUCCGCAGAAAAGUAAACAAGUGCUACAAAGGCCGCUCUUGUCCAAUAAUUGUUCAUUGCAGCGACGGCGCGGGCAGAAGCGGCACCUACAUCCUGAUCGACAUGGUUCUCACCAAGAUGGCCAAAGGCGCCAAGGAGAUGGACAUGGCAGCCACCCUGGAGCACCUGCGGGACCAGAGGCCGGGCAUGGUCCAGACCAAGGCGCAGUUCGAGUUCGCUCUGACCGCAGUGGCCGAGGAGGUCAACGCCAUCCUCCAGGCCCUUCCGCAGUGA